AUGGCGAGGGAUGAGUACACCAUUGAGACAGAAAGUGCAUCUCCGGCUCGCACAGGGAGCAUACCACGUGACUUAUGGGCAACAAAGAGAACGUUACUGGUCAUCGUUUUACCACUGGUGCUUCUACCGCUACCAAUACUUUCAGACGCAACGGAGACAAAAUGUGCGUACGGCCUUGCUGUAAUGGCGGUGUUCUGGAUCACGGAGAGCCUCCCCCUGGCGGUGACCGCUCUUCUCCCAAUGGUUGUCUUCCCUUUGUUCGGGGUCAUGAAGGCGACUGACGUAGCGAGGAACUACAUCCAGGAGACGACCAUGUUUGGUUUCGGCGGCCUGACAAUCGCCAUUGCCGUGGAGAACUGCAGACUGCACAAAAGGAUUGCCCUGAAGACACUCACCCUGGUCGGCGCCCAACCAAGGUGGUUGAUGCUGGGGUUCAUGGUGCCCACGUGGUUCCUAUCCAUGUGGAUCAGCAACACCGCAACUACCGCCAUGAUGAUCCCCAUCGUCAGCGCCGUCAUCGACGAACUCCGACAGAUUAAUCAGCGAUCAAGAGACGGCCAAGUGGGCAAUGGCAUCGAGAUGGAGCAAGGGAUGACCAACGGUGGCUACCUAGGGGAUCAAGUGGGCACAAGCUUUAAUGAUGAAGCCGGAGCAGAAACAAUUCCGGAAGAAACCUGUUGCAGGAAAGCCAACACCACUCAAAUGAAUGUUCCAAAAAACCCUCCGAUGCCAUUCGACCCCACCGACCGCAGCCACGACUCCCCCGAAUUCACCAGACUGUGUAAAGGCUUCUGUCUCUGCGUCGCCUACGCUGCCAACGUGGGCGGUACCGGGUCGCUGUCGGGAUCGGGACCCAACCUCGUCAUGCAGGGCCAGGCGGAGAUACUUUUCGGGAAAUACGGUCUUGAUUCUGGCGUGAACUUCCUUACAUGGAUGAUAUUUGCCUUGCCGGGGUCGGUGAUCUGUGUGACGCUGGCGUGGAUGUGGCUACAGACGUUGUUCCUGGGGAAGACGUCUCUGUUGUGCUGUAUUUCAACAUCUCGAGGCCAGGAGAAAGUUACAACCGUCAUUAAAGAGGAAUAUGAAAAAAACUCGGCAAAAUGUCCAACAACACGUGUUAUUAGGGCAGUGUCCACGCCCGUCAACGUAAUGACCUGGAGCCGGCGUCUGAGUCCCGAAAUGGGAUUCAACAUGAUCAAUUUUGCUGAAGUCGGUGUCCUCGUCCACUUCAUCACCCUGGUGUUGGCGUGGCUGACAAGGAACAUCCCCUAUGUCGGGGGCUGGGGACAGUUCCUCCCCACGGGGUUUGUUGGCGACUCAAUGGCUGCCAUAUUGAUCUGCGUCAGUCUGUUCGUCUUUCCGUCCAUACGUCCGUCGGUUUUCUGUUGGCGGAAAUCAGGUAAUGUAAUGUCACGUUCCGUGCCCCCACUCCUCACGUGGGACGUCCUACAGAACAAGUUCCCCUGGGGAGUGCUUCUGCUCAUCGGGGGUGGGUAUGCUCUCGCUGAUGCCUGUGAGAAAUCAGGGCUGUCUCAGUGGAUCGGCAACCAGCUGGCGGUGUUCAGUUUCAUGGAUCCCAGCGUCAUGAACCUGGUGUUGACAUUGUUGGUGGCAGCGGCUACCGAGGUGACCAGCAACUCCGCAACAGCAUCAUUGUUGCUGCCCAUUAUGGGAAAUCUGGCAAUCACCCUGAACAUGAAUCCAUUGUUCCUGAUGUUCCCGUGUGUCAUCGCAACCUCAUUCGCCUUCAUGUUGCCCGUGGCAACGCCGCCGAACGCCAUUGUGUUUGCUAAUGGUUACAUCAAAGUUGCCGAUAUGGCUAUAGCGGGUCUUGGUAUGAACGUGGUGUGUGUGCUGGUGCUGGCCCUGGCAACCAACACGUGGGGCGACGCCUACUUUGAUCUGUUCACACUCCCGCCGGGCUUUCCUUUGAAUUCUACUGGAGCUGUCCUCUAAUACUGUGGUGUGUAAGCUGUCCUCUAACACUGUGGGCAUGUGCGAGCGCCAGAUGCAUGUGCAGAUCAGAACUCCUUGCAACACCAAUGGUCCUCAGUUGCAGACCUAAGAUUGGCUAGAAGAGUCUGAUCGAGAUUGCACAGAGACAGAUGUAGACACACAUCAUACAGAACACACACACUCAAACUCACACACACACACACACACACACACUAACACACUAACACACUAAGACACACUAACAAACCAACACAAGGGGGCCUCAAAUCCUCCGCUCGAUCUUAGUGCUGAAGCUGCCCUGACACUGCUUCCAUCGGUCCAGAGUGGUCGUCCGGUCAUCCUGCCUUCAGCAUCAAUAGACACAUAUUCAGCAAUAUCCAGAUAUUAAUAUAGUUAUUCCUGGCUGAUAUGGUGCUUGUUAUAUCACUCUUGUGGCCAGACACAAUUAAACCAGCAGAAUAAAUUGUAUAUCAACAAGUUAUUGUAAACUUAUAUAUGUAUAAGUCCAGAUCGCGUUAGUCAUAGUCACGUCAUGACGUAUAUAUCGUGUUACGGCAUAUAUAGCAUGCAUGGUAUAUAUACGCAUACAAUGCAUAUAUAUAUGCCGUAACACGAUCUGGAUCAUGUGUGGUAUAGUUAUGUUUGCAUUUCUCACAGCAUGUAACCAUGGAUACAAUAAUAUGUUCAAUUCUUAUUCACUGUUCACUUAAGGCCAGGAGGUUCCAGUAAUAAAUUCAAGCUUGUCA